AUGGAGGAACCCCUGCAGGCGCUGCGAACCGCGACGAAAGCGCUUGCAUUUGGACUUCACGAGAGACAGUGGCAAGAAAAGGCGAGACAAGCCAGCGACGAACAAUUCUCUUCGUGGAAAAGGCAAGAGAGACACUCCCAAAGCUCCUGGGCCUCUCGUUUCGCUGCACCCUGCGUGCUCGCGAAACGUGUAUGCCUCAGAUCCGGGCGGCGGGUCGCUCACCACGCUCGCCAUGGGCGCCCCAGUGAAACAUCUCGUGGCCCCUGGGCUGUCGCACCAGCCAACCAUUUCCUCCUGACGUCGCUGCACAGAACCGGCCCUGUCUUUUCUGCUUUGGCUGCUGCUGUUGCUGGCUGCUCUGCUGUUCCUCUCCCCAUUAUUUUCACCUAA